AUGGUCAAGAUCAAUGAAUUCGCUGUGGAACGGUGGAUGGAUGAUUAUGAGACCGGUGCUAAGCACAAUCUCGCCGAGACUUGCUGUGCAUCAGUCUCGCUCGAUGACCUUCAUACAUUUUCCGGCCAGGAAACCGAUGCGAUAGAUUCAUCGCGGAAGCAAACCUAUGGUGCUAUUCGUGGCUCAGAGGCCCUGCGAUCCAAUAUUUCAAAGCUAUACUCUAGCAACACAUCUGCGCCUUUGUCUUCUAAGGAUAUUCUUGUCGCGAACGGAGCCAUUCAGGCCAAUUUUCUCGCUCAUUAUACCCACAUCGGCCCAGGGGAUCAUGUCAUCUGCCAUUACCCCACAUACCAGCAAUUAUAUUCGGUUCCACAGUCACUUGGUGCAGAGGUGGCUCUGUGGAAGUCGUCUGAAGACAAGGACUGGCAGCUAGACUUGUCGGAGCUUAAGUCUCUAAUUCAGCCAAAUACCAAGCUCAUCAUCAUCAACAAUCCUCAGAACCCAACCGGUGUCGUACUUUGCCGCGAAGUGUUGCAAAAAAUCGUGGAUAUCGCCCGGCAGCACGAUAUCAUCGUUCACUGCGACGAAGUGUAUCGGCCACUCUUCCACUCGCUUGGGAAUGGCUCAGAAAGUCCUCCCUCAAUCCUGGAUUUCGGAUAUGAGAAAGCUAUUUCAACGGGCUCGAUGUCGAAGGCUUUCAGUCUAGCAGGCAUUCGAUUAGGAUGGAUCGCUUCCAGAAGCUCCGAAAUUAUCGAAUCGUGCGCCUCUGUCCGACAUUAUACUCUGAUUUCGGUUGGACAGCUGAAUGACAGCAUUGCCACACGAGCACUGUCUGAUUCCUGUGUCGAUAAUUUGCUCGACCGUAACAUUCGACUUGCUCAACAAAAUCUGCAUGAUCUGGGCAUAUUCGUUCGCGACUAUGAGGGAAAAGCGACAUGGUUCCACCCGCGAGCUGGAACGACUGCUUUUGUCAAAUUUAUGAGGAAUGGGACCCCUAUUGAUGACGUGGCAUUUUGCCAGCAGGUGUUGGAGAAGAAAGGGGUACUGUUGGCACCUGGAAGUCGUUGCUUUGGCGAGGGAAACGACUUUAAGGGUUAUGUGCGGGUGGGCUAUGUUCCCGAUCGACAGGUUCUGGUGGAUGGACUCCAAGCCCUUCGGCUGUUCAUGGAAGAGGAUUUCGAAAAUUUGCCUCUGGCGGCUGUCUGA